AUGGCUGUUUGCAGUCAGAUCAUGGGUUUACACCAGCCUUCUUUCCUCCUCGGCAGUGGAUCCCUCUUGCUUAGAGGCAAUCAGAACAAACUUGCCUUCCCUGCUAUCUGCCCCGAUGGCCAAGACAGGAGGAGAAGGCUGAGGUCGGCGAAGACCGUGGCAGCACCGGUGAAAGCAACAAUCAAUGAGGAUGUGAUCAAGAUGGUGGUUGGGAAGCAGGCUAAGGUGGACAAAGUCAUGCUCAGGGCUGCGCUGACCGUGAGAAGGAAGCACAAAGAGGAUAUCAAGGAAGCGAUCGUCAACCAGCUUGAUGCUCUUACGGAUAAGUUUGGCCGGAAUGUGGUGUUGGAACUCAUCAGCACCGGGAUCCAUCCGAGAACCAAAAAGCAAAAGACGAGCGGAGCGACAGUGAUCAAGGACUGGUUCGAGAAGAAGAACGUCAAGGGAGAGCGUGUGGUGUACACGGCAGACUUCACGGUAGACUCCAGCUUCGGGGAGCCAGGAGCAAUCACAGUGAUCAACCGCCACCAGAAAGAGUUCUUCUUGGAGAGUGUAGUCAUCGAAGGAGAAGGCUCUACCUCUUCGUGUGGACCAGUUCAUUUCUCCUGCAACUCUUGGGUUCAAUCCACCAAGGACCACCCCAAGAAGAGAAUUUUCUUCAGCAAUAAGCCAUAUCUACCAUCUGAGACACCUGAAGGACUCAAGGAACUCAGGGAAAUCGAGCUCAAUGAGCUGAGAGGGGAUGGAAAAGGCAUUCGGAAGUUAUCAGACAGAAUAUUUGACUAUGCAACAUACAAUGACUUGGGCAAUCCUGACAGAGGAUCUGAGUUUGCAAGGCCAACGCUCGGAGGUGAGAAGAUUCCAUAUCCAAGGCGAUGCAGGACUGGCCGUCCUCCUACCGACACAAACAUGCUAGCUGAGAGUCGAGUUGAGAAGCCAAAUCCGAUCUACGUGCCACGCGACGAGGCAUUCGAGGAGCUAAAACAGGGAGCCUUCGCAGCCGGAAGGCUCAAGGCUGUGCUGCACAGCUUCAUCCCGUCACUCAUUGCAUCCAUCUCUGCUGAUAACCAUGACUUCAAAGGGUUCCACCACAUCGACAACCUCUACAAGGAGGGCCUCAUCCUGAAGCUUGGCCUCCAGGAACAUCUCCUCAAGAAGCUCCCAUUCGUUAAAAAGAUACAAGAAUCGAGCGAGGGUCUGCUUCGAUAUGACACCCCAAGCAUCCUCACAAAGGAUAAGUUUGCAUGGCUCCGGGAUGAUGAAUUUGCUCGGCAAGCGGUUGCAGGGAUCAACCCUGUCAACAUAGAGAGGCUUCAGUCGUUCCCUCCAUUAAGCAAUCUUGACCCUGCAAUUUAUGGCCCGCCUGAAUCUGCAAUCACGGAAGCUCACAUAAGAGGUCAACUCGAGGGGUUGACAGUCCAACAGGCUGUGGAGGAAGGGAAGCUGUUCAUGUUGGACUUCCACGAUAUAUACCUGCCAUUCGUGGACAGAAUCAACAUGAUGGAUGGCCGGAAAGCAUACGCUACGAGGACCCUCUUCUUUUUGACCCCCAUUGGGACACUGAAACCGAUCGCAAUCGAGCUUGGACUCCCUCCCCGGCAACCAGGCGCAUCCCGUCCCAGCAUGGUGUUGAUGCCGCCCCGUGAUGCUACUACCAAUUGGCUGUGGAUGCUCGGCAAGGCCCAUGUCUGCUCAAACGACGCUGGUGUUCAUCAACUCGUCAACCACUGGUUGAAGACGCACGCGACGAUGGAGCCGUUCAUAUUGGCAGCGCACAGGCAGCUGAGCACGAUGCAUCCGGUGUUCAAGCUUCUGCACCCGCACAUGCGGUACACGUUGGAGAUCAAUGCGCUGGCGCGACAGAGCCUGAUCAAUGCCGAUGGCGUCAUAGAGUCCUGCUUCACUCCCGGCCCCAUAGGCAUGGAGAUGAGCUCCGCCUAUUACAAGCACCACUGGAGGUUUGACCUCGAAGGGUUGCCGGCUGAUCUCAUCCGAAGGGGCGUGGCAGUUGCAGACCACACGCAGCCGCACGGCCUCCGCCUCAUCCUCCCGGACUAUCCCUACGCCGACGACGGCCUGCUUCUCUGGUCCGCCAUCACCCGCUUCGUUGGCGCCUACGUCCAGAUCUACUACCCGGAGUCGGACCCCAACCGAGUCCGCUCAGACUCGGAACUCCAGGCGUGGUACCAUGAGUGCGUCAACGUCGGUCACGAGGACCACCGCCACGCCUCGUGGUGGUCGCCGCUGGACACCGCGUCCGACCUCGUCGCGCUGCUCACCACCCUCGUCUGGAUAGCAUCCGCCCAGCACGCCGCCCUAAACUUCGGCCAGUAUCCCCUCGGUGGCUACGUCCCGAAUCGCCCCCCGCUGAUGCGGCGGCUCGUCCCGGACCCCGAUCGAGACGCGGACGAAUACAAGGCCUUCCUCGCCGACCCUCACUGUUUCUUCCUUUCCUCCAUGCCCAGCGUGCUGCAGGCGACCAAGUUCAUGGCGGUGGUCGACACGCUCUCGACGCACUCACCGGACGAGGAGUACCUCGGGGGGACGAGGGACGGCGCCGCCGCGUGGACGGCGGACGAGGAAGCCGCGGCGGUAUACAGAGCAUUCGCAGCGGAGGUGGCGGCCGCGGAGGAGGAGAUCGAGAGCCGGAACGCGGACCCGAGUCGGCGGAAUCGGUGCGGAGCUGGGGUGCUGCCCUAUGAGUUGCUGGCACCGAGUUCAGGACCCGGUGUUACGGGACGGGGUGUGCCGAAUAGCGUGUCCAUAUAAUAGGAGGUAACUCCACUGGGUGGUGACAGGAACAUCCAUCCAUCUUUGUAAGUAAGAGCUUGCAGUUCCUUUGGAUGACGACAAAUUAACCGAUAGAUAGUUAUAGCCAUUCGAUGCAACAUAGACAUCAUUAUAGACGGUGGAUAUUUAAGAUUUGAAUUCAUUUUUAAAUCUGUUAAAUUAAUAAAUAAUGUAUAUAAUGAUUUAUGUUAUAUAAUAAAGAAAUACAUUAUUUUUGUAUGACAA